AUGAGUCCGAAUGGGCAAUUUGUUUGGCCUUCUAUGUGUAAUGCAGCGUGGCAGAAAACGGUUAUUGAGAAUUUGAAUCGACCAUAUCAUUUGCCAUUGCAGGAGUUAGACCUAUUAGGUAGCAUUACGCCCGUUAAAAACGUUAACGUGACUGCAACGGGAAUGCCAGAAUGCGAGGACACGGUACCACCACUUCAACCUGUAAAUGGCACUGGAGUAAUUUGGUUUGGUGAACCGUGGCGAUUUUGGCUAGCACGACAAGGUGAAUGGGAGUUUGAUACUAAGUUUCAAAAUUUAAUUGGUUUACCUAAUUGGGGUGAACUGAAAGCUGGAGGCUUACAUGUAAAUGUAUCAGGGGGCUAUCAGGUGCCACCGGGAGUCUUUUUGAUAUGUGGAGAUAGAGCAUGGCCAGGGAUUCCUUUGAAUCCUGUCGGUGGACCAUGUUAUUUAGGGUGUUUAACUUUGUUUGCUCCUCGUAUGAAAGACUUACUGAAAAUGACUCCACAAUUUCAUAGAUCACGGAGGGCACUGCGCACCUUUGCUGAAACAUGUAAUGACCGAGUCGAUCUACAGUCUGUAACAACAAAUGUCUUAGCCUCCAUAUUUAUGCCAGGGGCAAUGGCUGCAUUAAACGCUAAGAAUAUACGAAGGUUAGCGUGUUGGGGAGAGAAGCAAUUUAAUCUUACGUCACAGAUUUUAAGUUCGUUAUCGCUUGACGUAGAUAGUGUUAGGCAUGCUACGUUACAAAAUAGAGCUGCAGUAGAUUUUUUGUUAUUAGCACAUGGACAUGGUUGUGAGGAUUUUGAAGGGAUGUGUUGUGUGAACCUUUCCAAUCAUUCCAUAUCUAUCCACAAGAAGUUGUCACAACUGCAGGGAAACAUGAAGGGAAAUAAUCUUCUUGAUGAUAAUCCUUUUGAUGAAUGGUUGAGAGGACUGGGGAUAACAGGUUGGUUAAAGACGUUAUUGAUGGAAGGAAUACGCUUUGUUAUAAUCAUUAUUGUAAUGCUUUUAUUUUUAGCUGUUUAUUUUCUUGUUUGAAGAAAGGUUUAACAUCUAUUGUGAAACAGACAUGGGUUGUCCAAAAAGAAAAAGGGGGAUAUGUAGAGGGAUUUUUAAAGGACCGAGACAUAUGUUACCAUUGUCUGGGUUGGACAACCCAGGCCUGUUAGUUGAAGCUGCAGAGCAGCUUUAAAUUGUCCCGGGGACAAGCAGUGGGAGAAAGAAAACAAGCUAUGCACAAACAAGAAGCCAGGUGCAGAGCAAGUCCUUGGAACUGCGAAAUCAACACACUCUCAUCGGCACACUCUGAUCAGGCGUCUGCAGCAUGCUCACCAAUCAGCGACGCGGAUGCCCACGUGGCCAGAGACUUUUAUCCAAUCACCUGUGUGUAAAGUCGUGUGAGCGGUCGGUUUAAGUUAUAAAUAUGACCUGUUUGUUUAAUA